UAAGUCGGUAAGUCCAAAAGCCACUACCACAUUGGCUUUUCUCGCCUUUUGUUUCUGUGCUUCCUAUGCAUUUGUCUAUGUCUGUUGCUUCUGCUCCCUCUCCUCAGUACCUGCAAAUGGGGGAGGAAUCAUACUUCGAAUUUCUUGUUAUUAUUUGACGCUGUUCUCUUUUUCUUUUCCCCCGUCUAGUCUGGGCUUCCCUCGCAUACGUGACUUUCUUCUCGUUUUCUGUUCAUCCCACCCGUUUUUUAACUUUGUGGUGACCCUCCAAAUACGAAUUCCUUUAUGUGAUUUGACCCUCCUUUCCAUUUUAUAUAGUUUUCGCUUUCCGGAUGUUCUUUUUAAUCACCCUUCAUCGCUUUCCUUCCCUCCCUCCUUGUAACUUUUAAUAUUCUGUUACCUGUUCUACUUCCAUUGUGUCUCACCAGAGCUAAACUGGGUGUUCAUGGAAAUUGAUCUGAACCAUGCAGUGACUGAGGUUGAAAAGAAUGCCUUCUGCGCUGGGCACUGUGAGCAAGGCGCUUGUGCUUCAUGUUUCGCCUCUUCCACUUCUUCAUCUUCCAAUUCGCCUUCACCUCGCGUGUCUUCUUCUUAUCUCGAACUCUGGCAUGCUUGUGCUGGCCCCCUCACCUCCCUUGCCAACAAAGGAAAUGUAGUAGUCUACUUUCCCCAGGGUCAUCUUGAACAGCUUGCUUCUUUCUCUCCUUUCUCGCCCAUGGACAUGCCCACUUAUGACCUUCAACCGCAAAUCUUCUGCAGGGUCGUCAAUGUCCAGCUUCUUCGUAUUUGUUAUUUCCCGGAACAGGCCAACAAGGAGAAUGACGAGGUUUACACGCAAGUUACUCUGUUUCCCCAGGCAGAGUUGGCAGCGGUGCACUUGGAGGGCCAAGAACUUGAGAAAUUGGGAGCAUUUCAGGAGGAAAAUGGAGGAUUACCUGCAAAAUCAACCCCUCACAUGUUCUGCAAAACGCUUACUGCUUCAGACACUAGCACUCACGGGGGUUUCUCUGUUCCUCGCAGAGCUGCUGAAGAUUGCUUUCCUCCUUUGGAUUAUAAGCAGCAAAGACCCUCCCAGGAGCUUGUUGCAAAAGACCUGCAUGGAGUAGAGUGGAAAUUUCGCCAUAUUUACAGAGGUCAGCCAAGACGGCAUCUGCUCACAACUGGCUGGAGUAUUUUUGUCAGCCAAAAGAAUCUUGUAUCUGGCGAUGCAGUACUCUUUCUGAGGGGUGAAAGCGGAGAACUGAGAUUGGGAAUCAGAAGAUCUGUUCGACCUAGAAAUGGUCUUCCCGAGUCAAUUAUUGGUGAUCAGAAUUGCUAUCCCAAUUUCCUAUCUUCAGUGGCUAAUGCUAUAUCCACCAAAAGUGUGUUUCAUGUUUUCUACAGCCCAAGGGCAAGUCAUGCGGAGUUUGUUGUCCCCUACCAGAAAUAUGUCAAAAGCAUCAAGAAUCCAAUGACCAUUGGAACAAGAUUUAAGAUGAAAUUCGAAAUGGAUGAAUCUCCCGAAAGAAGGUGUAAUGGUGGUAUAGUGACGGGAAUGCGUGAUUUGGAUCCCUAUAGAUGGCCUAAGUCAAAAUGGAGGUGCUUGAUGGUAAAAUGGGAUGAGGAUUUUGCUACUAAUCAUCAAGAUCGAAUUUCUCCAUGGGAGAUUGAGCCUUCCGUUUCUCUCCCCCCCUUGAGCAUUCAGUCAUCCCCAAGACUAAAGAAAUUGCGGACAGGUCUGCAUGCUGCCCCAUCAAGUCACCUCAUGACCGGUGGCGGUGCAUUUAUGGACUUUGAGGAGUCUGUAAUAUCACCUAAGGUCUUGCAAGGUCAAGAAAAUACAGGUUUUGCAUCAUACUAUUUUGGGCGUGAUGCAGUGACCAACCAGCCAGAUUUUGAGAUGAGUCCUCUUAGUCAUCCAAAUCUUGCAUCCAAUGGAUUAAGAAAGGCUACUGCUGCUGAACUUACGAGGGUUCACCCUUCAAGUUAUGCAGGCUUUGCAGAGACUAAUAGGUUUCUGAGGGUCUUGCAAGGUCAAGAAAUAGGUCCACUGCAAUCCCUGAAAGGAAAGGCUGAUUUUAACCUUGGGGCAUGGGGUAAACCCAAUGCCAGUUGCACAACUUUCAACCAGCGUCAGGCAUGCAAAUCCAACUUCAAUACUUCUGGAUCAAAAGGCCUUAUAACUUCUAAUUUCCCUUACGGUGACAUUCACCGAGCUGGUCAAAGUAGCUUGUUGAGCUCUAAACCUGCAAAUUUCCAGAUAGAGAAUGUCCACACUCCUUCCACUCAGGCAGAGCUCUCAACAAAGGAAGUUGGACGCUCGGAUCUGUCAAACAAGGAUAAGCUACAGGAUAGUUUUUCUACUGCUGCUUCUUUAGGAGCAAGUCUAAGGAUUCCAAGUGAUGAAAAUUUUGAGGGAAAGGUAAAUGGCUGUAAACUAUUUGGAUUUCCCUUAUCUGGAGAAGGCAACUCUCAGAAUUUACAGAACUCUGCUAAAAGGAGUUGCACAAAGGUUCACAAGCAAGGUAGCUUAGUUGGAAGAGCCAUUGAUCUCUCAAGACUGAACAGCUACAAUGAUUUGUUGAGUGAACUAGAGCGACUGUUUGGCAUGGAAGGCCUUAUAAAGGAUCCUGAUAAAGGAUGGAGGGUCCUGUACACCGAUAGUGAAAAUGACAUAAUGGUUGUAGGGGAUGACCCAUGGCAUGAGUUCUGCAGUGUGGUGUCUAAGAUCCAUAUAUAUACCGAAGAAGAAGUGGAGAAGAUGACAAUUGGGAUGAUCACUGAUGAUACCCAGAGCUGUUUGGAACAGGCACCAGGAGUGACGGAGGCUUCCAAGUCCUCAUCUGUGGGCCAGCCAGAUUCUUCUCCAACAGAAGUGUAGAGUCUGAGGUUCAGGGUUGCUUGAAUCCUAAGCGUAUUUUGGCUCCGUUCCUUGUAAUUUAAUCAUACCGCAUAUCAUUGUGAUUUUAUUUUUAUCUUUCGAGCCCGUAAGCCCAACCAAGCAGACCAAAGUUGCCGAAUAAGGGCAGAUUAUGCGAGCACUAUGUAUUAACAGACCCUUGCUACCUAAGGCUUAUGUUUGCCGUGAGGUAUAACGUCGAAGUUUCCGAAUUUCCUGCCAUCGGUGGUA